AUGUCUAGCAAAAAUGAGGGUGGUUGUGAUGUUGAGCCAGUAGCAGAUGAUGUUCUACGAUUCAAGAUUGCUGGUUCAAAACUCAAGCAUUCUUGCUUUCGCGUGGCAUUGCCCGGGAAAUCUCGGUUCUCGGGCAACGCCAAAGUCAAUAGAUCUGACGCUGACGUGACCUUUGCUUUUCAUGUGUUGGACUACCUCUAUGUGGUUAUUCUUACUCUUGUAAGCGAAAGCCUACUGACUGUGGAUAUCGACUUUGGCGUUGAUCAUAAUUUCGAAGAGACUGGUAAAGCUGAGUUCGUUGAUGCUAUUGAUACUGACACUGCCAAGAAAAUUAAAUCAAACAAACCAAAUAAUAGUUUGUUGAAGGAGAAAAGUGGAAGGCUAUUUUUUGAAAUGAAAACAGUUAGCGACAACAGAAUCAAAAUUCCAUACGACCCAGAACUCACGAUAAAAGACUUGAAGCUGCUGGUUCUUUGCUUCGCCCUUCACCGGGACUGGGAGUUUAACAAUGCGUUUCACCUUUUCUUUAUGGCGGCGGAACUUACCGACGAUUUCCAGAAGCUUUCUCAAAUCCCUCGAUUUGGCCCUAACUCAGUGAUUCAUAUCACCAACACUGGCGGACAAGGCGGUAGAACUUUCAUGACCCCGUAUUUGGAAAACUUGAAUAACAUGGAAAUCUUGCUCCGAAAUGCUAAUGAAUGCAACAAUUUUGCUAAAAGAAAUCAAAACGCAUUGGAGCGCGACAGAUUCAGCGAGCCCGUUUUUGGUACUGAAUUGAAUGAUUCUUUCCCUUGUUUUGGUGAUAUAACGGAACGAAUUGGAGAGCUUAUGGUUUCUUAUUCUACGCAGUUGAAUAGACUUGCGGAUGUUUUAGACAAAGACGAAAGACUCGUUCAAAAUACCCAGAAAUAUGAGGAGACCAAACAAAUAAUUCAAAACAAUCUCGACACCGCUAGAUACGCCGGCCCGUUGAUGAAGAAUCUUACGUCUGUUAGAGUUUGCCUUACAAAUAAUCGACUCAAUGCUUCUUGA